UUGGUACGCAGCUCUCAAGUAAUUGCUCAAGAAAAAAAAUACAUUAUUUCUCAAGUAAUUUUGACAGCUGGUUACGCAUUGUGAAUGAUCCACAUUAGAAGAGCAAGAGAGAAUAAACAAAGUAAACAAACUUUGUGCGUAUGUAUGUAUGUAUGUGUAUGGUAACACAAAUAUUUUCAUUGAGAUUUAAGGAAUGUUGCUGAUGAUUGGUUGGUUUUAUAGAACAUUUCAAAAUGGAAUAUACUUUAUAAUAAUGAUUUCAACUAAUUUAGGAUGAAUUUGACGAUUACUUCGAAUUUCCUGCAAGAAACAAUUGUUUGAUUUGAUGUUUCUUCGCAAAACCAGGUUUGCCAUAUUCACAUUUUAUUGAAAAAAAGUAUUAAAAAUUAGUACUAGAUUUCUUGAGAGCUGCGUACUAGCACAAGUAAGUUUAUCGCAGGAACGUUUCUGGACCGUUUCUUAAGCGUUUUUUUAUAUGAAGUUUUUACGUUUCUUGAGAGCUGCGUACUAAGCUUAACACGCCAUACGAUCAAGUCCGCGCAACCGCUCUUCAAAAAUUACAACCAUCAUUAGAAGACGUACUCUUAAUAGCUGAAACAUACGAGACAACAACAAAAACAGUAGCAACCAUCAAAGAGAAUCCGAAUUCAUCCACCAUGCAGGUGAACACAAUGCAGACACGCAAAAAUUGGAAAAAAACAACUAAAGAUCAAAUGAGAAGAGAACAGAACGUAAAUGCUAACGUAAUGAAACAAGUGAAAUUGAAGUCGUGCGCAGGUUGUGGCAUUUCACACAACAGAGAACAAUGCAAAUUUCGUAAAGUAAUAUGUAAUAAAUGUGCCAAAAAGGGACACAUUGCUGUAGUUUGUAUGUCAAAUCAGAGCAGAAGUAUUAGAAAAAGCACAACGAUUCCAGAGCGAAAAUGGAAUCAAAACAAACAAGAAAAUGAACAAUAUGUUAGUACCAUGGAUGCAGUGAACAUUGUAAAUGGCAUAAUAGAAAUUGAAGCAAAUAAAAAGUGUAUCAAUUUAGAAAUUUUUAACAAAGUAAUACAGUUUCAAUUAGAUUCGGGCGCAACCGUUUCAAUAAUCAAUUUAAAGACGUAUAACAUAUUGAAUAGACCGAAAUUACAACAGUGUACAAAAACAUUAUAUGCAUUUGGUCAGCAGCCUAUUCCAAUAUUAGGUGAAUUGCACACUAAAGCAAAGUGUGGAAAUAAGCAAAAGAGUAUUGCUGUAAUAGUUGCAAAUGUAGAAAAUGCUAAUAAUCAAUUUGGGCUACAUUUAUUCAAAAAAUUCGGUUUUGAAAUGACGCAAAUUGAUAACGUAGUUGAUAAAGGUGAAUACAUCAAACAAAUUGAAGAUUUAUGCAAUAAAUACGAAACAGUAUUUGACAAUACAAAUGCUGGCGUGAUAAAACAUUUUAAAGCAAGUAUACGUAUGCAGACCACUGCCAUACCAAAAUUUUAUAAAAGCAGGCAAAUACCAUUCGCGCAAAUGUCAAAAUUCCGUGAGGAAGCAGAUAGGCUUAUUAAUACCGGAAUUUGGAAACCAGUUAAAUUUAGUAACUGGGCGUCACCAAUCGUCUUAGCACCAAAACCAGAUGGGUCGAUGGAGUUGGAUGAAGAUUCCAAACAAGUAAUGGUAGUCAAUACACCUUUAGGAUUGUUCCAGUAUCAACGACUUCCAUAUGGUAUUGCCAGCGCACCCGCAAUUUUUCAGCGUUAUCUCGAACAACUCCUCAACGGUAUAGAAGGAUGUGGAAAUUAUUUGGAUGACAUUAUUAUAACCGCACCGUUAUUACAAGAACAUGUAAAUCGAGUAGAACAAGUAAUCAAAGUUCUUGAAGACAACGGUAUCAAGUGCAAAAAGGAAAAAUGUUUCUUUUUGAAGGAAGAAAUUGAGUACUUGGGUAGAAGAGUAAGCGCUAAGGGAAUCCUUCCAGACUAUUCAGGCAUUCAAGCAGUUAAGCAACUGAAACCACCUAUGAAUAUAACGCAACUAGAAGCUUUUAUAGGUAAAGUGAAUUACUGUUACAAUUUUAUUCCGAAUUUUUCUCAGUUAGCCGCUCCACUAAAUAAGUUACGCCGCAAAAAUGUACAUUUCACAUGGGGCUCAGAGCAGCAACAAGCUUUUAAAGCUCUUAAAUUACAUAUAAUUAAUGCUACGCAGUUGGCACAUUUCAAUGAACAAUUACCAAUAACGCUAGCAACCGACGCCUCAUCUUUUGGCAUUGGCGCCGUUCUUUCGCACAUUUAUCCUGACGGAAAUGAACGUCCAAUAGCAUUUGCAUCUAAAACUAUGGAUAAACAUCAACUUAAGUAUAGUCAAAUUGAAAAAGAAGGUUUAGCAAUAGUGUUCAGAGUUAAGAAGUUCCACCAAUACUUAUAUGGGAGAAAGUUUUUGCUAAUCACAGACCAUAAACCGCUCAUAAAUAUUUUUAAUCCAAGCAAGCAUCUACCACAAAUGACUUCGCACCGUAUUCAGCGUUGGGCCAUCAUACUUAUGGCAUAUCAAUUCGAUAUCAAGUAUCGUAAUACACACGCACAUGGUAAUGCGGAUGCACUCUCUCGUUUACCUGUAAGUACCGAUAUUCAAUUUGAUACAUCCGAAGCGUGGUACAAUGUUACGCACAUACAAUUACCAAUAAAUGCUAAUAUUAUUCAUAAGCACACAGAACGAGACGAAAUACUACGUAAAGUUAAACAUUUUGUUAAAGCAGGUUGGCCUACACAACUAUCGCCAGGUGAUAACGAAAUUAGACCAUAUUUUCAUCGAAGAUUAGCUUUAACACUUCACGAAAAACUUCUUUGCUUACACGCAAACGUAAAACGCAUUGUUAUUCCAAAAUCAUUACAGCAAAAUAUUCUAGAACUCUUACAUGAUGGACAUUGGGGAACCGUAAGAAUGAAGCAAUUAGCACGACAUCACGUUUGGUGGCCAAACAUCGAUGACGACAUAGCCAAAGUGACACGUCAAUGUGAAAUUUGUAAAGUUGGCAAUCCAGCGCCUACACGUCAAUACCUGAGUUGGCCAGAAGCGAAAGCACCAUGGGAACGCGUUCAUAUCGACUUCGCAGGCCCUAUAUUCGAUUCUAUGUGGCUUAUAUGCAUAGACGCUUAUUCGCAAUUUCCAUUCGUAACUCAGUUAUCGUCAACUACAACAGAUAAUACUAUACAUUCUUUAAAAUCAAUUUUUGCCAUAGAAGGUUUACCUAAUACACUGGUUAGUGAUAAUGGACCUCAGCUAACAUCCGACGCAUUUCAACAAUUUUGCAAGUUACAUGGUAUUACGCACAUAACAACUGCACCGUUUCAUCCAGCAUCUAACGGACUUGCGGAGCGUUUUGUCCAAACAUUUAAAACCGCAGUUCGAAAAAAUAUCAACGAAGGUCUAUCCAUCAGAUGCGCCGUAGUAAAAUUUUUAACUACUUAUCGUUUUACUCCUAAUUCCAAUGGUAAAACACCUGCUGAACUUCUCCACGGUCGUUCAGUUCGUACUAUGUUAACUCAACUUUUUGAGACACCAGCACAGUCAAAAUCUAAGAUCGUAGACAAAUACAAAUUUCAACCUAAUGAACUAGUAUACGCUAGAAACUUCGCGAGAGGAGAAAAGUGGAUCAAAGGGAUUAUAAUUCAUCCGAUUGGAAAAAUGAUGUUUUUGGUAAAGUCAAACAUAGGUACCAUAAGACGUCAUUUAAACCAACUCAAACCAAGAUCAAACGCAGAAGGUAAUAACAAAACACCCAGCAUAAUACUCCCAGAUCAAUGGAUACCUGUACCUGAAUCGACAUCCACACAUUCAGCACCGGUUAUGUUACAAGACAAGUCAAACAUACAGCCAGAUAUAUCCACACAAAUACCUCAUUUUAAUGACCAAAACAGCGCACCAUCGCAAUUAGAGGAAAACGUUGCAGAAGACCAGAAUUCAAACAAUCCGAUUCGUAGAAGCAACCGAUCACGACAACUGGUUACUCGUUUCACAGCUCCUGACUUUAUAAAUAAAUAAAUUAGUCUAUAAUUAAGAGGGGGGAUGUGAUAUGAACUUAAAAAUGUACAACACUGGAUUUCAGUGUUAAUAGUUGUCAACCCUGUCAGUUUGUAAGACUUUGUAAAAACGCAACUUCCUUCUUCUGGAUUGCGCUACCGUCGAGUACAGACGUGCAUUUACUUAUACUCGGUAUUGUAUAGUAUUCCAUUUUAAUACUUAUGUAAUUGUAAUGAAUAAUUAAUUUGAAUAAUUAAAUAAAUACAAACACAACACUACUAAUCUAAUUAAGUUUACAGCAAAAUAGAAAAAUAUGUAAAUGACGGAUAAUGAAAUCUCAAUUAUCACUUUAUCAUGCGAGAGUAUAAAAUGUUCGGUAACACCCGAACUUAGCCCUUCCUU